UACCGUGCAUUAUUGUGCUCGUCAUAAAGUGGACAUGGCGAAUUUCUCGUCGUCAUAUUCAACCGCCGGAGACGGAGAACUUUCCGCGACAGAUUCUUCAGAUGAAAGUGGUGAGAUUUCUGGUGAAAGUGACUAUGAAAGACAGGAGUUAGGGGUUCGGCCGUACAUGUAUGAGCCUGAGAGAGGCGACGACGGCGGCGGUUCUGUAUCCGAUUCGGAUACGGAUGACGAGGAGCAUGUUGCCAGACUUGGUAACAACAAUUGGUGCGAAUGUGAGCAGUGUACUCCGAUGCCCAGCGUGCGAGAGAGCAAAUGCUGUAAAGAGAUCGAUGCUGUUUUGAGGAUGACGGAGUCUUUUGUUCUAGACCUUGACUGUAUUACGGAGCAUCCGGGAUUUAGGACUGUUUGUUUAGAUCGAUGGGUAUUGGAUACAGCCUAUUAUCAAUACAGGCAACAGUAUGGUGGACAGGCUCACCAAGGAUCAGAAAACCAAAAAUAUAGGCAUACUGCAUACAGACAACUUGCUAGAUGGUGCUGGGGCUAUCUUGGGAGGGAAGUACGAGUUGUUCUUCCUGCAUGUGCUGUCAACAAGAUAAGAUCUAUGUUCCCCACAAAUGAUGAAGAGUACACAGGAUUUGUUGAUGCAUAAAUGGGCAAAGCAUUACAGCUGUUCCUGUUUUUGGUAAUUCCUAAUUUGAGAAAAGAUAUUUUAAUAGCAUAGGUACGAGUGGAAUGCUCACUCCCCACAGCAAAGCUAUGCAACUUUUUUUAAAAUCUCUUCUUGAUAGUAGACUUAUUUCUGUGUAUUUAUUAAAACCACGGUAAACUAGAAAUACAUGUCAUUUCAUUUUAAUAUUAGUCUUAUCAUUUACCAAUUGCAGAGACAAGAAGUUGGGUCCCUCUACAUAUACACACAUAAUAGGCUUACUAAAUCUGAAAACCAGUCAUGUUGUCUACCAUACUAGAAUUGUAUUGCAAGAUUUGUUAAUUAAAUCAAUACCCUUUGCCACAUUCCUGACAGUAAGGGUUGUGACUAAUGAAAGUCAGUCAUUUAUCUGGCCUGGCUAUGAAUGCCUUAGUCACAGUCAAUAUAUUUUGGGGGUCAUGGAUCUUUAACAUUUGUGACGGAGGACAUUUUAAAAAGGGUGAGGGUAAGGAUUUGGUAUCUAUUCACCUUGCUUAUACAUGUACUUCGUGUACUGAGGGCUUGAAAUGCAUUUCUUGCUACUUGUUAAAAGAAGUCAGUCUUCUUUUUCUGUAAAAUUGCAACUAAAUAAAUAGCAAUCGAAAGAAAGAA